AUGUCUGAUACUCCUUCUGCAAAUCCAACAGUGAUACAACCCAUACUUGAAGAGUUUCGGGAGAUUAUUCUAGACGAGUUGCUUAGUGGUCUACCUUCUAUGCGAGAUAUUCAGCACCACAUAGAUCUUGUGCCUGGUGCUUGUCUGCCGCAUUUACCGCACUAUCGCAUGAGUCCAAAGAAGUACCAAAUUCUGCAGGACCAAGUUACAGAGUUGGUUCAGAAAGCUACCACCAGAUUCGUAUUAGACCAGGGGACAAAUGGAAGACUACUUUCAAGACUAAAGAGGAUUCGUUGUUGUCUAUUUUAUAAUCAGUCAGAUAUGGAGCAUCAAUCGUACUUGAAGGAGGUACUGACAGUUUUGCAGGCAAACAAGUUGUACAUCAAUCUGAAAAAGUGCACUUUUAUGACCAAUAGUUUACUGUUUCUGGAUUUUGUGGUGAGUGCUAAAGGCAUUUGGGUUGAUGAGGAAAAAGUUGAGUGUGAUGCCUCAGUCAUUGGAGUUGGUGUUAUUCUUUCCCAAGAGGGUAGACCAGUUGUGUUCCAUAGUGAAAAGCUUAGUAAUGCAAGGAAGAAGUGGACUACCUAUGAGCUUGAGUUUUAUUCAGUGGUACGUGUCUUGAAGGUUUGGGAGCAUUAUCUAGUGCAGAGAGAGUUCGUUAUUUACACUGAUCAUCAGGCUUUGAAGUUCAUCAACAGCCAGAAUAAUAUUAACAGGAUGCAUACCAGAUGGGUUUCUUUUUUACAGCGAUUUACCUUUUCCUUAAGGCAUAAGUCAGUGUUGUAUGGGGAAGAUGAUGACUUCAAGGAAUUUUGGGCUAAGUGUCAGACUGGACAGGUUGCUGAGAGUAUGGACAUACACGAGGGAUUUCUUUUUCGUGGUAAUCAGCUUUGUGUUCCGAGGAGUUCCCUUUGUGAGCAGAUUAUUCAUGAAUUACAUGGUGGCGGUCUAGGUGGACAUCUUGGUCGAGAUAAGACCAUAGCUUUAGUCAAAGAGCGAUAUUAUUGGCCACAACUUAAGGGGGAUGUUGGCAACUAUGUGCGGUGGUGUCCAAUCUGUCAAUUUGCUAAAGGUCAGUCUCAAAACACUAGUCUUUAUAUCCCUCUACCUACACCAAAUUGUCCUUGGAAAGAUUUGUCUAUGGACUUUAUCCUAGGACUUCCACGCACUCAACGAGGGGUAGAUUCAGUUUUUGUAGUUGUUGAUCGUUAUUCUAAGAUGACUCAUUUCAUAUCUUGCAAGAAGACUUCUGAUGCUACACAUGUUGUAAAUAUGCUUUUCAAAGAAAUUGUUCGUCUUCAUGGCGUUCCUAAGUCCAUCACUUCUGAUAGGGACACCAAAUUCCUAUCCCAUUUUUGGAGGACUUUAUGGAGGCGUUUUGAUACAUCUUUGAAUUUCAGCAGCACUAGUCAUCCGCAAUCUGAUGGUCAAACAAAGGUCGUCAAUCAGACUUUAGGCAAUCUGAUUUGUUGUAUUUCUAGUGAGAAUCUAAAACAGUGGGAUCAUGCGUUAUCACAGGCGGAAUUCGAAUAUAACAGCAUGGUUAAUCGGUCAACGGGCAAGUCGCCCUUUGCUAUUGUUUACUAUCAUCCGCUAAAGCAUACAUUGGAUUUGGUCCCACUUCCGAAGCUGCCUGGAAAGAGUGUUGUUGCAGAACACAUGGCAGAUCGCAUCCAAGCCAUUCAGGAUAAGGUUCGAAUGUAUCUUGAACAAGCCAAUGCGAAAUACAAGGAAGCAGCAGACAAGAAGAGGUGA